AUGUAGAGAGAGAGAGAGAGAGAGAACAAACAAAUUAUAUACCGAAAAAUAAAGGGAAGAAAGAAUUGCUUCGUAUAUAAGCCACCGAAGCUUACAGCUUAUAAAUGAUAAGAGAGGUACAGAAGAGUUUUUAGAGAGAGAAAGUAAUACCCCAAAAGAGAGGGGUAAGAAAGAGAGAGAGAAGAAGAAGAAGAAGAAGUCUAUGGCGGAUUCCAGUGAUUCCGUCUCUGUUGAUAUGGAAACUAUAUAUCUUGGUGGAAAGGAGCAUAUCAUUCGAACUGGGCGUGGGUCCGUGUCUGUGAUUGUGUAUGGAGAUCAAGAAAAGCCACCAUUGAUUACUUAUCCCGAUUUAGCUCUAAAUCAUAUGUUGUGUUUCCAAGGAUUAUUCUUCUGUCCCGAAGCAGCUUCAUUGCUCCUCCAUAAUUUCUGCAUUUAUCACAUUAGUCCACCUGGACACGAGUUAGGAGCAGCAGCCAUCUGUUCAGAUGAUCCCAUGCUGUCUGUGGAGGAUCUUUGUGAUCAGAUUCUCGAAGUCCUCAAUUAUUUUCGGCUUGGUGCGGUGAUGUGUAUGGGGGCGACAGCUGGCGCAUACAUCCUUACACUAUUUGCGAUAAAAUACAGAGAUAGGGUUACAGGUUUGAUUCUUGUUUCUCCUCUUUGCAAAGCACCAUCUUGGACAGAAUGGAUUUAUAACAAGUUGAUGUCGAAUUUGCUCUAUUACUACGGAAUGUGUGGAUUAUUGAAAGAAUGUUUGCUUCAAAGAUACUUCAGCAAGGAAGUUCGUGGUAAUCCAGAAAUCCCAGAAUCAGAUAUAGUUCAAGCGUGCAGAAAGUUAUUGGACGAAAGACAAAGUACGAACGUGUGGCGGUAUCUUCAAGCAAUUGAUAGGAGACCUGACAUCACCGAAGGUUUAAAGAAGCUAAAAUGCAGAACACUUAUAUUUGUUGGUGACAGCUCACCAUUCCAUUCAGAAGCCCUUCACAUGACAGCAAAACUGGACAGACGAUAUAGCGCUUUAGUUGAGGUACAGGUUUGUGGAUCAAUGGUGACAGAAGAGCAACCACAUGCAAUGUUAAUACCCAUGGAGUAUUUUCUAAUGGGGUAUGGACUUUACAGACCAAGCCAGUUCACGGGUAGCCCGAGAAGCCCUUUAAGUCCUUCAUGCAUUGCCCCGGAAUUACUCUCCCCCGAAAGCAUGGGAUUGAAGCUAAAACCGAUAAAAACCCGGGUUUCACAAACGGGCGAGAGGUAGGGCCCACAAAAGGAUACAGCGUACAUUGUUGGUGAAUGGUGAUUUUUUUUUUUUUUAAAUUUUUUUUUUUUUGGGUUUUGGGAUGGAGGGUAGAUAUAUACAUAUGGGAUAUUAUGUAGUAUAGAGGGGAAAUGGGGAAAUAUUCUUUGAAAACAAACGGUGGGGACAUAAUUCAUUUGUAGGGUUGGUGGUCAUAAAACAGAAACAUUGUAUUUUGUAAAGGAGAAUAUGAUGCAUUUAUUUAUUAUGAACUUAAAAAAAAGAAGCAAUAAUACCUUCUCUUUUUCUUGGCUGUCA